UUACGGUACCUUGUGCAACACUACAACCAACAUGAUACGUCAAUAAUUAGAAGUAGAAUUUCACAGUCCUGGGACAUCCUGAAGUUGCAAUGGGGUCAAAUAACGUGGUUUUGAUGUGUUGCAAUGCGGGUAGUUCUGCAACCAAACGGAACUCAGCAAUCUCUCACAAUCUGUGAAUGCCUAACUCGUCCACUUUCAGAGCAGACGGCUGGGAAACCCGAAGGCAAAACAGGGAAUGAAGGAAGUGCUGGGCAUGAGAGGGGAGAGAAAGAGCAGCGACGUUGCCACAAAGGCUCUUGGCUGGAAAAUCGAAUAGAAGACACGUUAAAUGCAGGAAGGUGGAGAUCUCCUGAGGAAGUGGGAACGGCGGACUCUCUCUCUCGCCCCCGGAGCGGAGUUUCCCUGUGAAAUACCGCAGUGAGUCGGAGCGUCGGACAGUCGCACAGAGGGCGUGGAAAUGCUUGAGACACGUCCUGACUGGUGCCAUUAGCAGGCUUGCCAAGAUAAUUCACUUCACGUCUCUCUCCUGAAGUUUGGCCUACGAGCUGUCAUCGUCAACUUUGACGGUUUGCACUUCGGCUUGAUGCGUCGUGCCCUCUCGAUCUUGGUCCUGGGCCUGUUGGUCAGCACUGAAGUCAGGGAGAUCCACGGUGAAUCUGGAGGAUGUGUGGUCUGGGGUGCCAACAGUGGCAUUGCAGUGGAGGCCUACGACGGAGAACCAGUGAAAGUGAGCUGCCCUCUCCCCCUGGCAGACAUCAGGACUAACCACAGUGAGUCAGGCCUGACACUAUCGUGGUACAGAAGCAGGCAGGGUGAAGAACUGGACGAGCCCAUCGAUUUUCAGCAGGCGGUGGAGCGGGUGUCAAAUGAGGAAGAGGGGCUGUGGUUCUGGCCAGCGUUUGUCAACGAUUCUGGGAACUACACUUGCAUGUUGAGGAAUGCGUAUGGUUGUCUCAGGGUGUCGAUAUCGCUGUUCGUUAUCCAGAAGAGACCCAACAGAUGUGCCAGCAACGUCGAGCUUUAUCUUGGUGACGUGAGCUACCAGCUAUGUCCGGGAACCAGCGAUUUCUCCCCAGCAUUAUUCAACACGUCAACUGCCUGGUACUGGGAGGGAAGAAGAAUUGACAGUUUCUUGAGCAGCAGUUUGGCCAACGUUAAUGGACAACUGAGGAUAAGUAUUGUCAGGGAAUUCCAUGAAGGAAAUUACACCUGCAUCGUAACUGUGAUGCAUAGGGGCUUGGCUUUCAACUUGACCAGGAUCCUCUGUACCACUGUCGCAGCUAGCCAGCGUGAACUGAUAGCCCCGGUUAUAAUCCAGCCAGCUGCAGGCCUUCGAGUGGAAGUGGAGUACGGUCAGGAAGUAAAUCUAACCUGCAGUGCAUUCUUCCAUUACAUCCUGGAGUCACCCACUACAGUCCGGUGGUCUGUUAAUGGGAGGCCGGCAGAGGAAUUGGCACCGGCUAUGCAAGUAUUUCUGAGUGAAAAGGUGCAGUCAGUCAAGGACAAGAAGGUUACCAGUACUCUGAACAUCCGAGCGGUGAAAAGGGCUGACAUUCAGCGGAACUACACCUGCCUUGCCCAGAACAGCAAAGGAUGCAAAAGUGGCCAAGUGGUUUUAGUCUGGAAAGGGCCCAGCUAUGUGGUUGGACUUGGCAGUGCACUGGGGGUCACGCUGCUGAUAAUCGUCAUGUCAGUCGUUGUGUAUCACCUCUGGUGGAUUGAAAUCGUUCUGUUCUACAGAUUGUACUUUGGCACUGAUGAAACAAUAGGAGAUGGGAAGGAAUAUGAUGCCUAUGUGUCAUAUGCACGGAGCGCCGAAGAGGAGGAGUUUGUCCUGAUGACUCUGCGAACCGUCCUGGAAAACGAGUAUGGUUACAAGAUCUGUAUUUACGACCGGGACAGUUUGCCUGGUGGAGUCAUCACAGACGAGACCCUGGCCUGUAUCUGGAGGAGCCGCAGGCUGGUGGUGGUGCUGAGCCCAGACUACCUGACGAACGGUACCCAGGCGCUGCUGGAGCUAAGGGCAGGCACGGAGCGGAUGGCCAGCACAGGCCAGAUCCGGGUGAUCCUGGUGGAGUUCCGCCCAGUGGAGAAGGUCAGCCAUGUGGCUGAGCUGAGGAGACUGAAGGCAGUGAUGGCCACUAUCAAGUGGAGAGGGGAGCGAUCGCGGGACCCCAAGAGCAAGUUCUGGAAGCAGCUCCGUGUCUCCCUGCCCACGCGGCGGGCAACCCGGGCACCGGCGGCAAAGAGCUCCAGGCUGGUCUACAAGAAACUUGGUUCCUCGGAUCUCCCUAGACCUUUGGUUUCAGAGGACCAGUCGUUCUUCCGCGAUGGUGUUAGUGGCCACGAGAAACAGCCAAGCACAACCGACUCAUGUCCCGAGGAGUUGCUACAGGCCGAGUCUUCAAUGCUUUACUGAGCGUUGACCCUUUCUGUGGGACCUGCUUUGUGCAAAACAUCCACGUUGAGACCCAAGCAAUGGGGACAGCAGUUGUACACGUGGACAUUGCAGGCAUGGUCAGGGCUCACUGGGAGAAGAGUCUGGGCUGCCACUGUCUCAAACAAUUACCUGGAUGUUUUAUGACAAUCCAGAUGUUUUAAGAGUACCACACACAAAAGGCUGGAGGAUCUCAGCAGGUCAGGCAGCAUCUAUGGAGAGGAAAAAGCAGUCGACAUUUUGGGCCAAGACUCUUGACCAGGACUGGGAAGGAAGGGGAAAGGAUAUGAAGGUGGGGGGAGGGGAAGGAUUACA